UUAGAUUAUUGCUCGCUCACGAACGCCUCAAGGAUGAUUCAAGUGAUUCGACUGCCACUUAUUCUGCUGUUGCAAUGGCAUCCAAGUGCUUAACAUUCGUAACCGGAAAUCUCAAUAAACUGAAGGAGACCAAAUAUAUUUUAUCUCAAGGGACACCAAUAGAAAUAGACUCGCAAGACCUAGAUAUACCCGAACUGCAGGGCACGACCCAAGAAGUCGCCAUAGCGAAAUGCCGUCGCGCAGCUGAGCUGCUGGGGAAGCCGUGCAUAACGGAGGACACCGCAUUGUGCUUCGUUGCGUAUAAUGGGCUACCUGGUCCAUACAUCAAGCACUUUAUGAAGACGCUCGGUCAUGAAGGCUUGAACAACAUGCUCGUAGGAUUCCCGACGAAAGACGCGUAUGCGCUCUGCACGUUCGCAUACAGUGCAGGUCCGUGCACCGAGCCAAUCCUUUUUGAGGGCCGCACAGAUGGAACAAUCGUCCCUGCUAGGGGACCUGGUGAUUUUGGCUGGGACCCCAUCUUCCAACCAAAAGGUUUUGACCAAACUUAUGCUGAAAUGACCAAGGAACAGAAGAAUAUCAUUUCUCACCGAUACCGCGCACUGGACAAGCUCAGGGCAUAUUUGGCAACCCUCGACACUGAGAACAGCUAGAGCUACUUCUUUGCAGGGUAGCCGGAAUUCAUUGUUCAGGAUAGAUUAUAAUCGUGGGCAAGUUGAGUACAUCCCCGGUGGUGCAUUAGACCCUUUUCCGAGGCUCAGAUUGGGUAUAAUCAGUCAAGGAGAAGGCCGAAAACGGAUAUAAUGUUGUGCUCUUAGAGGCAACUUAGUUGAGAUAUGUAGAGCAGAUCGGCUAUACGAUAAGAUAACUCUGGAUUUGAUUCCCUGAGUAAUGCCAACGAUUCGCAUCCUCCCUCAAAGAUCACAUUUAUUUUUAUAAAGUCUAUUCAU